UGUAAUUGAUGGCUCUGCUGGGUGAGGAUGGGCGCGGUUACGAGCUGGCGCGGAAGCUUGACUCGUGUGGGGUAUGGCGAACGUGGCUUGGCGAUUCCACCUACUCCAACUUUUCACGCUCUCUCGCUUCUCCUUCUGCUUGGGAUUCCUUCAUCACAACACACCCUUCCAAUUCUAGGGCACACAUUCACCUUCAACUCAGGGUCCGUGCCCUCCUCUUCGAUAAAGCCUCUUCCGCUUCUCUCUUCCCGAAUUCCAAUCCCUCUCCCUCUCUUUCACGCCUCAAUCCAUCUUUUCUGCAUUUGCACGCCGAUGACAUUUACUUCACCCUAGAAGAUGCUCCAACUUCCUCUAAGAAUCAAUCGAAAUCAGGUUCUGGCUCUGGAUCAAGAUAUGCUGAUUCUGAUUUGCCUGAAACAUGGUAUAAUCAGUGCAUCGAGAAGUUUAAGGCUACCAAGAAGUUUCUUCCUGGGGACAGAGAAUCGCAGAAGCGUUCACCGGUUGAGAUGGCUUCUUAUCUUAUGCAUGUUAAUAAUCAUAAAAAAAGGCGUGUGGCGUUUAAGGAAGAUCAGCUUGUUGAUGAUGGUAAUUUAGUUGAUGAUGACUCUUCCGUUAUUUUUCCAGAGAUGAUGUUUGCAUUUAACUGUGUGCCCGACAGUGCACUUCCACCGAUUAACAGAGUGGAAAAUAACCAGAAGGUGAAGUUGUUUGGUGUUCUUGAUGCCUUGCCUCCUCUUCCUACUAGGAGUCCUGUUAUGAUUGAGAGACUUGGUGUUAGGCCUGAGUACCUUAAUAUGGAACAUGGAGGAAGCUUGAACCGUGGGAAAUUUGGACCUGAGGGAAAUAACAAGCUUCUUGGUCCUGAGCAAGCUUCGAAACUGUCUGAAAAGGUAGUAGCACGUGUUUUGUUAGGUGUGGGAUUUGAUGCUGCCAUGGAAACUCCAGUAGAAUACUUCUCUGAAGUACUCAGCCAUCGCAUCUGUAAAAUAGGAACAAAUCUGAAAGUGCUUGCUGAUAGUUAUAGAAAACAGUGCUCGGCCAUUGAACUUCUAAAGAUGUUGCUUAAAACAGUGGGUUUUAGUAAUUUUGCGCCUUUAGUGGAUUUGGUUAAGGAUGGCUCCAGGAAUAUUGUGCAACAAAGUCAGCAACAAGUUCAUGGAAUUCAGCCACAGGUGCAGCCACAGCAGCAGGGUUCCCUCCGGCUACCUCAGCAAGUUCAGAUGCAGAGACAGAUACAUCCACAGAUGCAGCAGUUUUUACAACAGCAACAACAACAUCUACAGCAACAGCAGUUAAUCAGAAGGCGCUCAGCAUCUACUCCCCGCCCUGCUAUGGAUAUAGAUAAGGAAAGACCAUUGGUUCAAGUCAAGAUUGAAAACCCAUCAGAUUUACCAAUUGAUGGUAAUGCCUUCAAUUCCAGACAUCCUCAAAUGCAGUUUAGGCAGCAGCAGUUGGCUGCAAUGUCAAGUUUCCAUCCUCAAUCUAACACUCAGUUCAGACAGAUGAGUUCCCUACAAAUACCCCAAAUGCAGUCGCAGAACAUUGGCAUGGUUAGAGCCCCGCCUGUGAAGGUGGAAGGCUUCCAGGAAUUGAUGGGUGGGGAUUCUACAACGAAGCAUGAUUCCGAGGAAAAUAGACUGACUUCUCCCACCGGCAAAUAGCUUUUCUAGUGCACCACGCGAGCAUCCCUGGAGACCCUUUGAAUUUGGUAUCGUCUAUGCCAAAUUUUGUCAUGGCCUUUAUUGUGAUAAAGGUUUUUCUUCGGUGUACUUUGUAUAUUACUCCACACAUGGUGCACCAUAGCAAGUGUACCAUGUUGGAUCAAAUAUAAUUCAAUUCAUUGCUCCCUUAAUGGAUGUUCUGUAAAAAAAUAGAUCAAAUUUUGUUGGCAUAUAUCACCUUUAACGUUUGUGAUUAUUUACUGUGCUUCACUGGCUUACGCUUUCUGUAUACUCGAAAGACAAGCCGGAAAUGUGUAACUAGCCUUGCUACUUUUUCCACCUGUUGGAUUAUUAG